CUACUUUUUGCGCUGUGUUUUCGUCCGCAAAGUUCUCCUUUGCAAAGUUCGAAGCAAAAACAUCAACAACGAAAAGAGCUACAACAACAACACAGCGGCUCAGGAUCAUCUGCUCUCAGUCAUAAAUAAGGGUUGAGCAGCUGGAGAAGACAAGACGGAGAAUGGCGAAAUCGAGAUCGAGAACCUCAACGCCUGCUGCUGAGAACCACCCAGCUCACAAGCUGAGGUUUGUGAGUGAGGAGAUCAAGUCGCAGUUGUUGAAGACUCCAACGCAUUUGGCCUUGGAGCAGGAAACAUAUCAAGCACAGUUGAAGGAUCUCCGUAAUGACUGGCGUUAUGCCUACUGCAUUCAGUGGAUCACUUUCUUCCGUGGUGCGAUCAAAAUGGCUAAUGAUCCCUUCACAAUCGACGUGAGUGCUUUUCCCAUCGUGAUCAGUGUAAUAAGUACUAACUUUGAAUAGAUCGUCGAGGAAGAAUUGGUGGGCUUGACUGAACCUUCAGUGACCACUAAGAUGGUUACAAAUAUGGCUGCCUUGCUAUUGGGUACUAAAGUCACCAUGGACGACUUCAGCUUUAGGGCUAGAUUCCUGUUGGGUGACUUGACGCUGUUACUGGGUACAGAGGACGAACCGGUUGAGUACAACACCCUGUCUCUUGUGGACAGAUUUGAGGUGAUUUACCAGCUCAUAUCGAU